AGAUUUAAACCACCCAGAAAAGAUAGUGGACCGCAUCAACGGAGGCAACCGAGGAUGUCUACUCGCUCUCAUUAUCCACGAUGGCUGAGUUUUGGACAGCAGUCGAAGUGCCCAAUCCUACCAAUGGAGCGGCUGCUCCUUUGCCGAUUUGCUCCAAACCUGAGGGGCCGCGUCAAGCCCAUGCCAUGGCGUCUAUCCGCUGGGAGAUGUACAUUGGCUCCAAGCAUCACUCCAAGGGUCGGAUUGUGUUGCAGGAGCGACACGACAAGAAGAAAUGCAUCCCUCGCUAUCGUUUUCUUCUUGAGGCUCGCCGCAUCUCCAUGGAUGGCUUGAGAAUGAGUGAUGCAGUCUACUUUGAGAGUCUUCGACUUCCAGUCAUGUGCAAGUGGAAGUCUGAAGCCAGUGUGGAGGCUACGGUCAUGAGCAAGAAUCGCCUUGGCAAGGUUGUGUUACUUGAGUUUCCUCCGAACGUCUUUGGCAUCAAGAAGAUCGAAAUCAACACGACAUUGGCCGGAGGACACAUCAUGGGAGAGGCUGUGAAGCUUGCCGAGAAGGAUCGCAAAGCUAUCCUCUUCGGUGGAGCCUGAAUAUCAACACACAACAACAGCAACAGCAACCAUGGCUGCCUCUUGUUGCGGCUGCAUCCAACAACCUGCUUCCACUGGUUUCAGUUUCCCACCGGUGUAUUUUGGCGAAAAGUGAGACUUUUCUGGGAAGUUUAUUUUGUCAGCAGCUGCGCACAACACAAUUCAACGAUGACAAUGGCCAUGCUAUCGACGGCAAGAUCUCCACAACUACUAAACCAAUAGUCAAUGCGACUGUAUCAGCAGUUAGCCCUA